UCAUGGGGGGAUAUGAUAUGAUGUUGUUAAAUCGCGUCAACUCGCCGGCCAGGGCCGCGGCAGCGGCAGCAUUGCUGGCUCUCUGCCUCUGCUUUGCCUCCGUCCCAUGUUUCUCCUCUGAGUCCGACGACGGUGCUGCCGGGAUGCCAGCCUCGCGGCAACUCGUCAUCACGGUUGACCAGUCCGGCAAAGGUGACCACCGGACGAUCCAGGACGCGAUCGAUGCCGCCCCGGCGAACGACUCCGCCGGCAGCGUCGUCAUCCGGAUCAAACCCGGGGUUUACAGGCAAAAGGUUGUAGUGAACAAGCCCGGCAUAACUCUGACUGGCACCAGCGCCACCUCGACCGUCAUCUCCUGGAACGAGUCCUGGGUCUCCGCCGACAGCCCGACCGUGUCCGUGCUGGCCCCCGACUUCAUCGCGAAACGCUUAACGUUUCAGAACACGUUUGGGGCCAGCGCGCCGGCGGUCGCGGUGAGGGUCGCCGGGGACCGGGCGACGUUCUACGGGUGCAGGUUUGUGUCGUUCCAGGACACGCUCCUGGACGAGACGGGUCGCCAUUACUACCGGGGCUGCUACGUCGAAGGGGGCACCGACUUCAUCUUCGGCAACGGCCAGGCCCUCUUUGACAAGUGCCACCUGCACUCCACCUCGUCCGUCGGCGGCGCGUUCACGGCGCACAAGCGGUCGUCGGAGUCGGAGAACACAGGGUACAGCUUCGUCGGGUGCAAGCUGACGGGCCUCGGGGCCGGCACCUCCAUCCUGGGACGACCGUGGGGCCCCUACUCCCGCGUCGUGUUCGCGCUCAGCUACAUGUCCAGCACGGUGAGGCCCCAGGGCUGGGACGACUGGGGCGACCCCAUGAAACAGAGGACGGCGUUUUAUGGGCAGUACCAAUGCUACGGCGAAGGGUCAAAAACUGACGGCAGAGUUUCGUGGUCGCACAACCUCUCGCAGACUGAAGCUGCACCGUUCAUCACCAAGGUUUGGGUUGACGGACAAGAGUGGCUUCGGUAGAAAACAAUUGACUGCUACAUAAUU